ACUCAUGUUGAACUCUGUUAUGAUAAAGUGUACAGAUCUGGCAGCAUUUUUUUUUUACAAAUCAACUUUGUUAUUUUGAACACUAAAAAACAAAUUUUCAAAAUGUGUGGUAGGACAUGUUUAACCUUGGAGCCAAGUGAAAUAACAAAAGCCUGUCGUUAUAAAUAUCGUCAUGACAAGAACAUUAAAACCCCAAAAGAUAACAAUGAGACAAAAAAAGAUACAAGUGUCAAAGAGGAGCAAGAUAAACUUGAACCGGAAUAUCGUUUGGAAUUCAACUGCGGUCGUAAGUAUUGUCCCUCCUACAAUGUGGCUCCCACAGAUAUCACACCUGUGCUAGUUUCUACGGCCCAUUUCUGCGACGAAGAAGAUUCCAAAAACCAAAAGAACACUCGAAUUGUUGUACCCAUGAUGUGGGGCAUGAUACCAUUCUGGCAUAGAGGUGACUGGCGUAAACAUGGUUUGACCACUAACAAUUGUCGUUUGGAACAUAUGCUGGAAUCUAAGUUGUACAGAGGACCGUUUAGGCGUGGUCAGCGUUGUGUGAUAUUGUGCGAAGGCUUUUAUGAGUGGCAAACGACAAAGUCCUCCAAACCUUCGGAGAGAGCAGCACAUCUAUUAUAUAUGCCACAAAAAGAUGAAAUUAAAAUUUAUGACCGAAAUACUUGGCAGGCGGAAAAUAUAAACCUAUUAAAAAUGGCUGGUCUAUUUGAUAUUUGGGAAGAUGAACAUGGUGAUAAAAUCUAUAGUUAUGCCGUUAUUACCUUUGAAUCUUCCAAAAUUAUGUCCUGGAUGCACCACCGAAUGCCCGCUAUAUUGGAAACUGAAGAACAAGUUAAUAAUUGGCUAGAUUUUAAAAACGUUUCCGACGAGCAAGCUUUGGCAACACUCCGUCCCGCCACUCAACUUCAAUGGCAUCGAGUUUCGAAUAUAGUCAAUAAUUCACGCAACAAAACAGAUCAGUGUAAUAAACCCUUUGAAAUGGUCAAAGCCGAGAAGCCGGCUAUGAAUAAAAUGAUGUCAUCAUGGCUUAAUGUUCGAAAACGUAAAGAAGCUGCUUUGGCACAAUCGGGAAGUGAUUUAGAUGAUGAAGAAUUGCAAAAUUAUCUAAGUGGUGGAACUGGCACUACAAGCGAAAGUGAAUCGGAACUUUCAUCAGCAUCAAAGCGUCCACGAUUUAGAGAUUUUAAACGGGAUUUGCGAAAUCUACAAAACACGGAAGAUCAGGAGGGACUCACAUACGAUGGUGAAAGCGAUAAUGAAACAAAAAAUCAGAGUUAGUGAGAGUACUUUUUAUGUAUGUAUAUUUUUCUCAAGUUUGAUUCAUAAAUAAAAAUUCGCCAAAGGUAAAAUGAGAAA